UGGUAUGCACACGCCACACAGUAGCCAGAAGCUGACCAGAGGUUUCAACUACAUGCGCAAAUGUGCAUUUCGGGCCAACAACCCGCCAUGUAGAUUAGGUGGGUCGUGAUACCGUACGUGGAAACCGGUUUUCCAGCGGCGAGGAAGCCAGCAUGAUGCGUCUGUGGGCUUUACUGCACUUUGUCACGGUGGUGUUUGUGUACCGAGCCGUGGCUCAGUAUUCCAGCGAUCAAUGUAGCUGGCGAGGAAGUGGUUUGAGUCACGAGUCGCAUCGCAGAGAUGUGGAGCAGGUCUACCUUCGUUGUUCCCAGGGUUUGCUGGAGUGGCUUUACCCGACCGGCGCCGUCAUCGUAAACCUGCGACCAAACACAGAACCCUCGCCGGCAAACCUGGCUGGUCUCCAUGUGUGCAUCAAACCCCAGCCUCACUCACAGGGUUCUCAUUUGUACUUGGAUCGAAGUGGUGAUUUGAGGCUACUGAUAGCCGAAAGCGAACAGCCCCAGCAGAAAAUCCAUUGUUUCGGAAUCACCGACGGAGCUCUCUUUGUUGAAGCCAUCCCCAAGGCAGACAUCAGUCGCAGGAUAACUGCUUUCCGGUAUGAACUGGUGUCCAGCCGAAGUCCUGGGGCCCAUUUGUACCCGCACCUUCACCCUGGUCUUGUCACAUGUGAACCAUGCUCGGAUGAAGAAGUCCUCAUGGCGGUCUGCACCAGUGACUUUGCAGGAAGCGGCUACUUUGAAGCCCAGCCAUCAUUCGCCACCGACAAACACUCCCAAGCCGUGCUGACUUUGAGUCGCCUCUUCCGCCAGAAGAACGCCAUAUUUGCUAGCGGUGGAGCCAAAGCGCGACGUUGGACAGGGCGGGUCAACGUUCCCACAAAGUGCGGCGUUCCCCACGGCGGAGAUAAAUACCUUUUGACCGGCUCGGUCCAUUUCGGAGAAGCUUGGCUCGGCUGCGCCCCUCGUUACAAAGACUUUGUGAAGCUUUAUAGCGAUGCAAGGAGAGCGGGUAGCAACCCUUGUCAAGUUAACACUGACUGAGUGGAUGCAAGGUCUAAAACUGUUUUAAAGUUUCAGAAUGGAGGUCAUCAAGAUGAUAUGGGCAACACCUUUGCAAGAAUUACAACCUUAUAUUGUUGCUGCGUAGAAAAAGCUGAUCUCUAGACUACAAAUCCAUGGACAUCUGCUAAGGCUUUGUCAAUUGCUUGCAGGCAAAGUCGGGCGUUUCUCAUCUGGUUCCAAAGGAAUCUAACGUAAUGUAAUAUUUUUUCAUAGUUUCAGAAACAGCAUGAUCUAAUGAGAUGAAACGGAUAGUUGAGAUAUUUUGAGUGUUUAAUGAUGUAGAAGCAUAGAACUUGCUUGGAACGUUUAAAAAAAUUGUGAUGUAUUUUGCUUGAGUUCGGUCGCUCUAAAAUGAAAGUUUGCUUUGCAAAAAGCUCUUUGUAUAUAUAAUGAAAACUAGUAUCUUCUUCCAGGAGUGUACAAUUUGCAGCUCUGUGAGUUUUUAAAAAGUUUCAGUGUUUUGUCCAUUUUUGUGUAUGUACAGAAAAUUACAUUUAUUCAUUGAACUGUCUGUUUCUAGAACUUUUGUUAGAUGACCGUGUUGAACUGAGUUUGGGGUAUCAUGGGAAAACAGAACUACAGGUGUGUAUUGCCUCAUGUCUGGCGAUGCGACAAUUCACAGGUCACGAUUUGAUUUGAUCCCGGUUAAUUCUGAAACUACGCUUGAAGACGAUUACUGCGAUAUUUGUAUAUGACUGAAAACACUCAGGUGACUUAUAGUUCCGCUCUGAGAUCCCCAAUUUUAGCCAACUUUCAAAAGUGUCCUAUAUGCAUGUCUGAUACAUCAUUGGAAAGCUUAAAAUCUCAAUUUUCUGGGGGAAGAAAAUUUUUGAACAGGAGGGCAUUUAAAAAAUAUGUAUGGCGGAAAA